AUCGCAAAACCAAAAACCCUUUCCUAUCCCUAAAACCCGAGAGAGCAUCUUCUUCUCCUCUUAGGGUAGAAGAAGGACGAAAAUCGGAGGAGGAAGAAGAAGAUCGAUUCGAUUUGUGAUCAACGAUGAGCUCCUUCAAUGGAAACAGCAACAUCGACAACCUCCUAAUCCAAACCCUACUUGGACGUCUCCAAAUUCGUCCCCCUAACUCUCAUUUCCUCUCUCAAUCCCUAGACGACCUCCUCUUCAAAUCCGACGACAGCGACGGCGAUGAUGACGGAGAAGGUCAGACCAGUCUCGACAGAGAAGAAGCUAGGCUUGAGAAAGAGCUAAUCCGAGUCAUCGUCUCUGGUCGAAGCGAUUCUCUCAAGCCGAAUUCAGGUCAAGCCGUGACAGUCAACGAACACCACAUCUGCGUUGGGUUUCAUGAGGAUGAGGAAUCGGAUUAUCGUGUUUGGGAGUGGCAUGGUCAUAUCAUGUUGUUUGAUGAAGAGAAUGGGUACACGCCUGAGUAUAUCUACGGGAAUUACUUCGAGAGGUUGCCUGUGAAGCUUCCUAAUAACCGCCGUGUGGAGAAGGAGAAGAAGAAGGAGAUGAAAGAAGAGGAGGUGGAGAAUUUGGGGCUUAGAGAGUUGAUCGAUGGUGGUGACGCUGCUCCUGGUAGGAUUCUUCAUAGGAACAACAUCAACAUCGGUUCCUCAAGGCCUUCAAUGCUGUUUUGGACACUCGAUUUAGUUCACAAUGUGACUAGUGAGACUUCGUCGAUCUCCAAAUCAAUUGCUUUCAUAUACAGUUCACUAUAUUAGUCAGGGAUUUUCAUGCCAAGAAUAUUCAUUUUUACGGUGUCCACAAAUAUUGAUAUAGAAUGUUGUUUAAAUGUUCAUAUGAUGACCACAUCUAGAUCUUCCGAUAUCCAUUUACAUUACUUAAUGAGAGUUCUAAGACGAUGAAUUUUAAGCUUGUGGUGUGAUAAUCUACUCAAUAGUAUUAGUAAUGCUUGAUCUUACUCUUGCCUUUUCAUAUUCUGUUCGGAUAUCCAUCCUCUUCCAAGUAUCUAUUAGAUUAUUCUCUUGUUUCACUUUAGAUUCCAACUUUAACUUGAUUAUCUUGCGGUUACAUACUCAAAAUGUUUAGAAUCGAUCACUGAACUUACGUGGUUCAUCGUGAACUGGCAGGGUCUAAGUUCCUAAGAGCGUCUUGGUAGGGAGAGGUCACAUUGUUCGGGAAGAUUUCAGAUGUGUGAACAACUCGCGACAACAAAACAUAAGGUGCUGGUGGGUCUACGGGUUCUAUUCCGUUUUAUUUAAACCGGGAAAUCCAUGGGUGAAUCUGUUUUCUUUAAGAAAUUCAUCUGAAGUUGUUUCUGAACCAAAUUUACAAUACAUGUUAAUGAAGAGAGAAAAGAUUACAAUGCAUGGUCAUCGAACUCGGAAGCUUUCAAGUUUCCCCAUGUUUGUUUAUUUUGUGUUCUUAAAUCAGAAUCAUAUGUUUUGCUCAUUUUACAAUUCUGCUUUCGAUAACGAAAUUUAAUUGAAUCGUUUUCAAAUCUCGA